AGUCCGCGGGCGGGGGCAGUGUGCGCUGGCCGCUGGGUCUCCGAACCGCCCGGGGCCCAGGAGAUCGUUCCAGAAAGCCUCGUGUUGAAUGACUUCAGUGCUGAUUUCCUUGAAAUGCCAGUGUUCCAAUUCAUUAUUUGAGCUGAGGGGAAACAUGCGUGUGUCCUGUGUGUUGAUGCUGCAUGCCUAGUGGGAGUGUCAUAAAUGGUUGAGGGAAUGGCAGAAGGAGGGGACGCCGGUGCUCCACCCAUCCAUCUGUGGGUGCGACGGGUAGGCGUCUACUGUGAUGAACGCCGUAAAACAUGGCUCGUGGCUGUGGAAGAGGAGGCAGGUACCCUGAGGGCCCGGAUUCAACGAGUUCGGGUCCCCCUGGGUGAGGCACUGCGACCCAGCCAACUUCCCCCAUCGCAACUGCCUCACAUGUGGCAGCUUUCUGAGGGCGAGCAGUACAGGGAUAGUAACUCUCGCAUUUGGGAGAUACAGCACCAUCUAAUGAUCGGGGGAAUUGAGGAGCUGCUGCUUAGACUCAUGCCCGGUGAUUAACCUGGAGCGGUGCCUCUAGGAAGAUGUCCCUGUUUGUUUUGUACAAUAUAUGAUUCUCCCACCUCAGAGGUGGGAGGUGGCAGCUGUUUAACAGCACACAGCAGCACCACACAAGAGUUUAGGACAGGCAGUGAAGAAGAGUAU